UUGUAACGCACGUCAACUGUAAUUUUCGGUUAGCAAAUCUGCAUUAAAUUACCUACAGUGUGAGCAGUUGUUUGUAUGCAUCAGGAACGCACCCAGUGACAAUCUGCGUAGUUAAUUUGAGAAGGAACCCCGGGACAGAAUGUCAAAACAUUGCUAGUUAGCUAGCAAACACUAAAGUAAGUCUGAAAACCGCUGCUGUUUGCUGGAUUGAAAUGUUACUUUUAUCCUGAAGUUGUCUUCCUGGUUCUUAAUUCCUCCGACUCGUGCUGUUUGACACAAGCAGCAUGUUCGGAAAGAAGAAGAGGACCCCACAGCCCAAGGGCCUGGGAGCCGCUGCGGCCAAACAGAUGGGGUUGUUGGUAGACUUCAACCCGGAGGAGAUGAUGCAGGACAUGGAUGAUCAGACUGCUGGUGAUGCUGAUCUAGAGGCGGAGCUGUCAGCCCUUACUGGGGGCAGGCCUGCUGGAGGGGGGGCCAAACCGAAGGGCAAAGCCCCCUUACCGAUGGAGGAUAUCGCCAGAAUGGCAGAAGAGUGUAUGAAGGAGGAGGAUGAUGAUGAAGAAGACGAUGAAAGCCUGGAACAUGAUGAAGACUUACUGGCUGAGCUGCAGGAAGUAGUGGGUGGAGAGGAAACGGAGGAUAAUGCCAUGACAGACACAUCUACGUCUACACCAUCAGAGACACCACAUUCUACACCACAGGUGUCCAGGGCUCCAGCAGCCGUCCCAGGCAGUCUGCAGCACACGGUGGAGGAGAGACUGGCCAUGUACCGGACGGCAGCAGCACUCGCCAAGACCUCCGGGGAGUCCUCAAAAGCACGGAGAUACGACAGAGGCCUCAAGACCCUGGAGGCCAUGCUCGUGUCAUUGAAGAAUGGGAGGAAGGUGGAUGAGGCUGAUAUCCCUCCGCCUGUUGCGACCGGAGCCCCCCCGACCGCACCCAUGACCUCCCCCACGACCGCCCCCCCGACCGCUCCCACCGCCCCCCCUCGACGCCCUCCUCCCCCACCGCCCCCACGGCCCACUACUGCUCAGGCUGAACACGCGCAGACCCCUCCAGACCAGCAGGGGGAGCCGGAGGCUGCUCCUGUGGAAACUGACGUGUCCCCUGAGGCAGCGUUACCUGGCAGUGCUGAGGUGUCGUCCCAGCCAAUCAGUGACCGGGAGGAGGCUGGACACGCUAACACAGUAGGCGGGGCCACCAAAGCGAUGCUCUGUGACAGACAGAGAGAGUAUAAAAUGGCCGCCAUAAAGGCCAAGCAGCAGGGAGACCUGGAACAAGCCAAGCUCUACUACAGGAGCAGCAAGAAGUUUGACACUGCGAUGGAGGCGCUGGAGACGGGACACGAGGUGGACCUGAGUAGCCUGCCCCCCCCACUAUCAGCCGGGGUCGUGUCGGCCUCGUCUGACCCAGAAAGGGAUCCUGUUCCUGGACCGACGGUGAGCCCCGGCCGCCCUGCCUCCUCACCUCCAGGCCCCGCCUCCUCUGCUGCCCCCGCGCCCCCCUCCCAGCCCAGAGACGUGCUGGAGGCCCUGGAGCAGCGGAGAGACCGAUACCAGGAGGCGUGUGCUCAAGCCAAGGCCAGCGGAGACGAACGCAAGGCCCGUAUGCACGAACGCAUCGCCAAGCAAUACCAGAGUGCCAUCCGAGCACACAAAGCAGGACGACCCGUCAACUACGAGGAGCUACCUGUCCCUCCAGGGUUUCCUCCAAUCCCUGGCCAGGAGGGGGCGGGAGCUGAACAGGGAUUUGCUGUUGUGCUGGAGGCAGCCAAUAAGCUGGCGACUGAGGAACCUGUUGAACCAGGGGAUGAGGAUGGAGAGAAUGAGGAGAGCCGACCUGCUGUUCCAGAGAAGCUCAAGAAGCCAGUGUUGGCUGUUCCUCCCAUGACCCAGGGGCCCAAGAAGAGCCCCUCUCUCUCCCCGGACAAAACCAAACAGAGGGAGGGCGUGUCAGCUGCAGCGUUGCAGCAGCUGGACUUUAUGGAGGGGCGCAGGAGUCAGUACAUGAAAGCAGCGCUGCAGGCUAAGCAGAAGAACGAUCUGGACACGGCCAGAACCAUGCUGCGCACCGCCAAGGGUCUGGAGACACUUAUAGAGGCCGCCAAGGCAGGCAAACACGUGGACAUCAGCAAGGUGCCAUCGCCCCCUGGUGACGAGGAUGAGGACUUCAUCCUGGUGCACCACAGCGAUGUCCAGGUCUCAGAGAGGGGAGAGCAAGUCUACUCACAGCUGGCCAAGAUACUGAAGGAGCAGUACGAGAAGUGCAUGAAUUUCUCCAAACAGUUUACACACCUGGGUAACAUCACUGAAACCACCAAGUUUGAGAAGAUGGCUGAGAGCUGUAAGAAGAGUCUGGAGAUACUGAAGCUGUCUCAGUCAAAAGGCCUGGAGCCUCCCAAACAUCACUUUGAGGAGAGAACCUACCACACCGUCAGGAUCUUCCCAGAUCUCAGCAGUACAGAGAUGGUGGUGGUCAUAGUGAAAGGGAUGAACCUACCUGCUCCGUCAGGUGUAGCCACCAAUGACCUGGAUGCCUAUGUCAAGUUUGACUUUCCAUACCCCAGUACGGAGCAAGCCCAGAAACACAGAACUCAAGUUAUAAAGAACUCCAACUCCCCCGAGUUCAACCAGAACUUCACUCUGUCCAUUAACCGGAACCACAGAGGCUUCAGGAGGCUGAUUCAGUCCAAAGGAAUCAAACUGGAACUGCUGCACAAAGGGGGUUUUCUGCGGAGCGACAAGCCCAUUGGGACAGCUCAAAUCAAACUGGAGAAACUGGAAAAAGAGAGUGAAGUACGCGAGAUAGUGGAGGUCAUGGAUGGUCGGAAGCCAACUGGAGGUCGUGUGGAGGUCAGGGUUCGUCUGAGAGAACCUCUUAGUGGACAGGACCUUCAGAACACCACAGAACGCUGGCUAGUCCUUGACCAGAUUAUUUAACUGCUGCUGCCGGUUGGGACCUCCGGGACCUCCUCAAGAUGAGCUCUCCCGUCAUCGCCUGAGAAGUAGGGAAUGAUGAUGAGGAAGAUGAGGGUGUAUCGUCACCGCCUUUUGAGUCUUCCACGGUUCCAACGCGGAUCUUUAUCUUCUAGAAGUUUUGCACACUGAGAGCUCCAGUAGGGAGGGCAGGCAGGAGGUGACUGAUAAACUGACUUCACAUUGAGCUAACAUUCGGGCGGGAUUCAAUCCAAGGCGCACUGCCCCCCCCUUUUACUUUUAAAGGCAGGGUUGGACUUGGGCCGACAUUCACAGGGUUUACAAGGAGCGCAGGCCCCAUCAAAUUCAGGGAAAUAGCCUUUGGGAAGGCACAUGGUGGACUGUGCAGUGAGUGUUUAAAUGAGGCCCCUUAGAUUGAAUCCUGUCCUCUGGCCUUCACCUGCCGCCCUCCACUGGUACACAUGCUAGGUAGUUUGUUUCUACAAUAUAGAUAUAUAGAUAUAUAGAUCUGUCCACCUAUGCACUAAUACCACCAAAGUAAUCACUGUUGCUGUACGAUCCUUCAUAUUUGAAUCGCCUUGAAUAGCUGCUGGGCUUGUUAAACAUUACAAUAACAUGUGAGUGAUUUGAGAGAAGUUGGAAUUAUUUUGUAGGUUGUAAUUUUCUAUAAACCGUUAGUCUGUUCUUCCUGCUCCCGGACAUUGGUGGGCCCUUGGUUCCAUCCGGGCUGCCUUAGAUCUGCACAGGGCGGUUUUAUUUAGCAUGCCUUCUCUGGGAACUUGAGAACAUUUCUUUUGAAGCUGGAAUCCUGAAAUAAAACUAAGUGUUGCAGCACCUCAGAUUGGAUGAAACGUUGGGAAAACCACCACGGAGCUUGAGACCCGUGGAUGUCAGAGCCGAACGUCCACAAUAUCUGACCGCGUUCACAAGCUAGAAGCAGUGUUGGUCUACAGUUAUUCCGUUGACAGACAUUGGCGUAAAGCAAGCCAAUAUCAUGGGUGCCAAAAGGGUAUGAUCAAGCUUUUGAGGCAUCUACAAGUUAAUUAAUGGAUGUAUAUCAGGUAUAUAAAUCUCCAGAAGGGGAUGGAGUGAAUAAGGAUUCGAGCUUUAAAAGUUUUGACCAAUGCAUUAAGAUUGGUCCCCUACGCUAAUGGGAGCGCCCUCAGUCAAAAUGACCUGGCUGAAUAGAGGUCUUGGCUAGAACCAGACACUCAGAAGCCAUUACUCAGCUGACAUGAGCAUGUUAUAGGUACUCUGUACGUUUAUUAUAAUCGUUGUAAGAGGCUAUGUAAGUCCUCCAAACGUCUUCUGACUGAGGCACUGGUUACUAAACAGGUUGAAGUUCCAUGUGUCACAACGUUACAUUCUAAUAUCAGCUCCCUGUGAUGUGUGGAUGUUUCACUGCACAUUGUUAGGAAGAGUUGUUUUUCUUCGAGUUCUAGAGACUGAACAGGGACACUGUGGUCACGUUUCUAAUGCCUGAUCAGCUAGUUGCACAGAAAUCCUCCCCGGGGAGUGGGCUGCAGCUUUUAGCAUGUACGUUUAUAUUGUUCGUGUGCAAAUCAAAGUUAUAUAUGAUGAGUGGGAGGAAGUAGAAAAUGUUUGACAGUUAAGCCAUAUUGGUCAGGUUUCCCAGACACAGAUCAGGCCUUACUGGACUGAGUUUAUUUCAGGAGAAAUAAACCUCUAUCUGGAGCAACUUGUAUUCCAGGACAACGUCUGUCUGGAAAACUGUCUCACAAACUGAGCCAACAAUCCCCGUUACCUGCCGUAAUAAAGCAACAUGUACUCACCGUGUGAAUCUCAUCUAACUUUCAGAAAAUCAACUGUUUUAUAAUACCGUGCAUGAAUGCUUUUAAAACACUGCACUGGCAAAGUCUUUCUGUUGUUUUUAUUUAAUCAUUAUCAUUUCUUUGCUCUGCUUUUUUUCCCCCUUUGGUAUUUUGGCACCUUUAUGAUACUUCAAACACUUCAAACUGUAUGGGACUUGGUGUCAGUUCCAAUCUGAAUCGACACCGAAACGUGUAACUGGGAUCAAAAAAUAAAGCAUACAUUUCACUUUUCUAUAAGUUUUUAUUAUACAUAUACUACAGCUUUUGAUAAAGACUGCUUUUAUUGACAUUUGUAGUGUACAAUAAAGAAAACAAGAUGUACAUGGUU